GCGGGGCUCUGCCGCCGGGAGUCGUGGACAGCGCGGAACUUCGACACACAGGGAACUCAGAAGCGAUCCGAGCUACCGGGAGAGGGAAGGGGAAGGAAGGUCUCUCAGGAGAGCGUCGUUGCGGAGGAAUCUUGUUUUCUGGCGGCGGAGGGAUUUGGCCGCACGCUGACUUCCGGCGAACGUCGACCGGAGAGAGGGGAAAAAAUCCUGAAGAAAACAAUAACAAACGCCAGAGGAAGCGGGGUCGGUCAGCGAGGGUGGAGCGGGUCUCUCCCGAGAAGAUGAGCUUCGGCCCCUGUCAGGGGACGUGAGCGCAACCGGCAGGGCCCCAGCCCAGCCCUUCUCCCCCGCCCCGUGGACCCCGGUACCGCCAUGGCGGGCGUGGGGCCGGGGGGCUACGCGGCGGAGUUCGUGCCGCCCCCGGAGUGCCCGGUGUUUGAGCCCAGCUGGGAGGAGUUCACAGAUCCGCUCAGCUUCAUUGGCCGCAUCCGGCCCAUGGCGGAGAAAACCGGCAUCUGCAAAAUCCGACCUCCCAAGGAUUGGCAGCCACCAUUUGCAUGUGAAGUCAAAAGCUUCCGUUUUACUCCCAGAGUCCAGCGCCUGAAUGAGCUUGAGGCGAUGACCAGAGUGAGAUUGGACUUCUUGGAUCAACUAGCAAAAUUUUGGGAACUUCAGGGAUCUACUCUCAAGAUCCCUGUGGUGGAGAGAAAAAUCUUGGAUCUGUAUGCUUUGAGCAAGAUUGUCGCCAGCAAAGGUGGUUUUGAAAUGGUCACCAAAGAGAAGAAAUGGUCUAAAGUGGGUAGCCGCUUGGGAUAUCUGCCAGGAAAAGGAACUGGAUCCCUUUUGAAGUCACAUUAUGAAAGAAUUCUCUACCCCUAUGAGCUUUUCCAGUCAGGGGUCAGCCUUAUGGGUGUACAAAUGCCUAAUUUAGACCUUAAGGAAAAAGUGGAGCCUGAGGUUCUUAGCACUGACAUCCAAACUUCGCCAGAACCGGGAACAAGAAUGAACAUUCUGCCGAAGAGAACAAGACGCGUCAAAUCUCAGUCAGAAUCUGGAGAAGUGAAUAGAAAUACGGAACUGAAGAAACUUCGGAUUUUUGGGGCUGGGCCUAAGGUUGUGGGCUUGGCAAUGGGAGUAAAAGAAAAGGAAGAUGAGGUCUCCCGAAGACGAAAAGUUACCAACAGGUCAGACGCAUUUAACAUGCAAAUGAGACAACGGAAAGGAACUCUCUCUGUUAACUUUGUUGAUCUGUAUGUUUGUAUGUUCUGUGGUCGGGGAAACAAUGAGGAUAAGCUGCUGCUGUGUGACGGGUGUGAUGACAGCUACCAUACGUUCUGCUUAAUUCCCCCACUGCCUGAUGUGCCCAAGGGCGACUGGAGGUGUCCUAAGUGUGUGGCCGAGGAAUGUAAUAAACCUAGAGAAGCUUUUGGAUUUGAACAAGCCGUACGAGAGUAUACACUUCAGAGCUUUGGAGAGAUGGCAGAUAAUUUUAAGUCUGACUAUUUCAAUAUGCCAGUCCAUAUGGUCCCCACAGAACUGGUAGAAAAGGAAUUCUGGCGGCUGGUGAGCAGCAUUGAAGAGGACGUUAUUGUAGAGUAUGGAGCUGACAUCUCCUCAAAAGACUUUGGGAGUGGAUUUCCUGUGAAGGAUGGCCGCAGAAAGAUGCUGCCGGAAGAAGAGGAAUAUGCGCUUUCUGGUUGGAACUUGAAUAACAUGCCUGUGCUAGAGCAGUCUGUUCUUGCACACAUCAACGUGGACAUCUCUGGCAUGAAGGUGCCGUGGCUCUAUGUGGGGAUGUGCUUCUCCUCCUUUUGCUGGCACAUUGAAGAUCACUGGAGUUAUUCCAUCAACUACCUGCACUGGGGAGAGCCAAAGACAUGGUAUGGCGUGCCGUCUCAUGCUGCGGAGCAGCUGGAGGAGGUAAUGAGGGAGCUAGCCCCUGAGCUGUUUGAGUCCCAGCCUGACCUCCUGCAUCAGUUAGUCACCAUCAUGAACCCCAACGUACUGAUGGAGCACGGGGUACCGGUGUACAGGACCAAUCAGUGUGCUGGCGAGUUUGUGGUGACAUUCCCUCGGGCCUAUCACUCUGGGUUUAACCAAGGCUACAACUUCGCCGAGGCCGUGAACUUCUGCACUGCUGACUGGCUGCCCAUUGGACGUCAGUGUGUGAGUCACUACCGCCGGCUGAGGCGCCAUUGUGUCUUCUCACAUGAGGAGCUCAUCUUCAAGAUGGCAGCAGAUCCGGAAUGCUUAGACGUGGGGUUGGCUGCCAUGGUGUGCAAGGAGUUGACACUCCUGACUGAGGAGGAGACACGGUUAAGAGAGUCUGUGAUGCAGAUGGGUGUCCUGAUGUCGGAGGAAGAGGUGUUUGAGCUUGUGCCUGAUGAUGAGCGACAGUGUUCAGCCUGCAGGACCACCUGUUUCCUCUCUGCUCUCACGUGCUCCUGUAACCCUGAACGGCUUGUGUGUCUCUACCAUCCUACUGAUCUGUGCCCCUGCCCCAUGCAGAAAAAAUGUCUUAGAUAUCGCUACCCAUUGGAGGACCUCCCUUCUCUGCUCUAUGGUGUGAAGGUCAGGGCACAGUCCUAUGACACGUGGGUCAGUCGUGUUACAGAAGCAUUAUCUGCCAACUUCAAUCACAAGAAAGAUUUGAUUGAGUUACGAGUAAUGCUGGAGGAUGCUGAGGAUAGGAAGUACCCAGAGAAUGAUCUCUUUCGAAAACUUAGGGAUGCUGUAAAAGAAGCUGAGACGUGUGCUUCUGUGGCUCAGCUGCUUUUAAGCAAAAAGCAGAAACACAGGCAGAGCCCAGAUGGUGGGAGGACACGGACCAAACUGACAGUGGAAGAGCUGAAGGCCUUUGUCCAGCAGCUCUUCAGUCUUCCAUGUGUCAUCAGCCAAGCUCGACAAGUAAAGAAUUUGCUUGAUGACGUGGAGGAGUUUCAUGAGCGUGCUCAGGAGGCCAUGAUGGACGAGACCCCAGACUCGUCCAAACUCCAGAUGUUGAUCGAUAUGGGCUCCAGUCUAUAUGUGGAGCUCCCAGAGUUAGCUCGACUAAAGCAAGAGCUGCAGCAAGCUCGCUGGUUGGAUGAAGUAAGACUGACGCUGUCGGACCCUCAGCAGGUCACCUUGGAUGUCAUGAAGAAGUUGAUAGACUCUGGGGUCGGCUUGGCACCCCACCAUGCUGUGGAGAAAGCGAUGGCCGAGCUUCAGGAGCUCCUCACAGUCUCUGAGCGAUGGGAAGAGAAGGCCAAGGUCUGCCUACAGGCAAGGCCUAGGCACAGUGUGGCGAGUUUAGAAAGCAUCGUGAAUGAAGCUAAGAGCAUUCCAGCCUUUCUGCCCAACGUAUUGUCCCUGAAAGAAGCCUUACAGAAGGCCCGAGAAUGGACAACUAAAGUGGAAGCUAUUCAGAGUGGCAGCAAUUAUGCUUACUUGGAGCAGCUGGAGAGCUUAUCUGCUAAAGGCCGCCCUAUCCCCGUGCGUCUUGAUGCGCUGCCCCAGGUGGAGUCUCAAGUGGCAGCAGCUCGGGCCUGGAGAGAACGGACAGGGAGGACCUUUCUCAAGAAGAAUUCCAGCCACACACUGCUACAGGUGCUUAGUCCCCGGACUGACAUUGGUAUUUAUGGGAGUGGAAAAAAUAGAAGGAAAAAAGUAAAAGAACUGAUAGAAAAAGAAAAAGAAAAGGAUCUGGACCUUGAGCCUUUGAGUGACCUGGAGGAAGGACUGGAGGAAACCAGAGACGCAGCCACAGUGGUGGCAGUUUUCAAAGAGCGGGAGCAGAAGGAGCUGGAAGCCAUGCAUUCCCUCAGGGCAGCGAACCUUGCCAAGAUGAGCAUGGUGGACCGCAUAGAGGACGUCAAGUUUUGCAUUUGCCGCAAGACAGCGAGCGGGUUUAUGCUCCAAUGUGAGCUCUGCAAAGACUGGUUUCACAACAGCUGUGUUCCUCUUCCUAAAUCGAGUUCCCAGAAGAAGGGGUCCAGCUGGCAGGCUAAGGAAGUAAAAUUCCUUUGUCCUCUCUGCAUGCGGUCUCGAAGGCCGCGGCUGGAGACGAUUCUGUCCCUCCUGGUGUCCCUUCAGAAGUUGCCGGUGCGGCUGCCCGAGGGGGAGGCCCUUCAGUGUUUGACAGAACGUGCUAUGAGCUGGCAGGACAGGGCCCGGCAAGCCCUGGCCACGGACGAGCUGUCUUCUGCCCUGGCCAAGCUGUCCGUGUUGAGCCAGCGGAUGGUGGAGCAGGCAGCUCGGGAGAAAACUGAAAAGAUCAUCAGUGCAGAACUCCAGAAAGCUGCAGCCAACCCAGACUUGCAGGGACACUUGCCUAGUUUCCAGCCGUCUGCUUUCAAUCGGGUGGCGAGCAGUGUGUCUUCUUCCCCUCGACAAACGGCGGACUAUGACGAUGAAGAGACAGAUUCUGAUGAAGACAUUCGGGAGACCUAUGGCUAUGAUAUGAAGGACACAGCUAGCGUGAAGUCCUCCAGCAGCCUGGAGCCCAACCUCUUCUGUGAUGAAGAGAUCCCCAUCAAGUCUGAGGAAGUGGUCACGCACAUGUGGACGGCACCCUCCUUCUGCGCAGAGCACGCAUACUCGUCCGCCUCUAAGAGCUGCUCUCAAGGUUCUAGCACCCCACGGAAACAGCCCCGGAAGAGCCCUUUGGUGCCCCGGAGCUUGGAGCCUCCAGUGCUGGAGCUGUCACCAGGAGCUAAAGCUCAGCUGGAGGAGCUGAUGAUGGUGGGAGAUCUCCUGGAGGUGUCCCUGGAUGAGACUCAGCACAUAUGGCGGAUUUUGCAGGCCACACACCCACCCUCUGAAGAUAGAUUCCUGCACAUCAUGGAGGAUGACAGCAUGGAAGAGAAACCAUUAAAAAUAAAAGGAAAGGACUCUUCAGAGAAGAAACGGAAACGGAAGCUAGAAAAAGUAGAGCAGCUUUUUGGUGAAGGAAAGCAGAAGUCCAGGGAGCUAAAGAAAAUGGAUAAACCUAAAAAGAAGAAAUUAAAAUUAAGUGCAGAAAAAUCAAAGGAGCUGAACAAACUGGCCAAGAAGCUAGCAAAAGAAGAAGAGAGGAAGAAAAAGAAGGAGAAGGCCGCUGCAGCCAAAGUCGAACUUGUGAAGGAGAGCACCGAGAAGAAGAGAGAGAAGAAGGUGCUAGACAUUCCCUCCAAGUACGACUGGUCUGGAGCGGAGGAGUCGGAUGAUGAGAACGCUGUGUGCGCUGCUCAGAACUGCCAGAGGCCCUGCAAGGACAAGACUUCUGAGAAAAAUGGAUGGACUUUAUGAAAAAUCGUAGUUCUUUAAGUGUCUGGAGGCAUCUAUUUUGGUGUUCCCAUCAAGAUUAUUAGUAAGUUCAUGGCUUUAACUUUAUCUCCUUACGCCACUUGACUCUUAGAAUUUUAAUAACCCCUCAGUUUGAAUAUAUAAACAGAAUAAAUACAGUUGCAUCACUAUUCCCUCCUCGGCUAAAUACUGUUAGAGCUUGAAGAGGUCACCUUCUCCAGCCUCUUCAUUUUACAAAUGAUGUAACCAGGACUGAGUGAGGAUAAACGAUGUAACCAAAGUCAUAGACUAGUUAGUGGCAAAACCACAAGGAGAAACCUGGCUCCCAGACCAGGUGCUCCGCUUAUAUCCCCACCCCUCCGGUAAUUGAGAUGCAAGUACAAAAACAGUCCAGAACUACAUGAUGUGUUUAAAUUAGUAAAGGUUCUCUCACUUUUGGAAAAUGAGUAUAUAGUAAAAUAUAUACCCCAUAGUCCAGCUCUCUGAGAAUAACAACUGGGAAUAUUUUAGUGUGCUUCCUUCCAGUUCUUUUUCUGUAUGGUUUGUUUCAUAUCAUGUCAUACUGUCCAGUUUUGCAUCUUUCUUUAUUAAUUUCAUAAGCAUUUUUCUAUAGUAUAAACAUUUUUAAAGCAUCUUAGUAGGUACAUUAUGUGUGUGUUGAAUUAUUUUUAUCUUUCAUUUAAAUAUAUUCUCAUCUGAAUUUGUUUAUUAAAGAGGCUAUGAAAGGUUACCCAUUUCUCUUUGGGUCCUGAAACAUUAGUAGCUUAGUGUUGGCAGAGCCUUCUCCCCUUUCUCCUUUAACUAAUUUUCAGCAGUUGUAGGAUUGGCAGCAAGAUGUGUUGUUUUUUUUUUAGCUUACUUACCGUCAUCCUUUCUACAGUGUUUAUAUCCAUCGUAACCUUCCUCUUUUUUUCCCUCCUUUUCACUUAAUACCCUCUCCCUUCUCCUCUGUUUAAUUAGCAUUUAAAACACGGUUCAGUUCAUCUACUGUCUCUGUUCUCUUUCUAUAGCAUAUAACACUGCAGAGAGUUUUCUCUCUUCUGCUACAAAAUUGAUAUAUUAACAUGUCCUGCUUUAUUUAUUUAAAAUAAUGUGAUCAAUAUAUAAGCCCUAAGAUUUGCUCUUAACAUUGUAUUUUUUGAAAAUCUAGAAAAGGGAUUUCCCUGGUGGUCCAGUGGUUAGGACUCCACAUUUCCACUGCAGGGGGCCCGGGUUCCAUCCCUGGUUGGAGAACUAAGAUCCUGCAAGUUGGGUGGCGUGGCCAAAAUAAAAAAAAUCUGGAAAGUUAUCAUCCCCAUUUUGAUGGAGCAAAAGGAAAUUUAGCCACAUAUUUUGAGAAAAUGUCUAUUGUUUAAAAUAUACAAAGAUUUGUACAGAUUACUACAGAAAUUUGUGAAGAUUAGUAGAAAAGAUGGUUGAACACACAGGUGAACAAGUGUGCCUCACCCUGUCAGUAGCUACAUGAAAGAAAGUUAUAAAUGGUGUAUUUCUGUAACGUGUUUAAUUUCAAAUGGGAAUUAUUUCAGAUUAUAAACAUUUUGCCCAUCGCUGCUGUUCUGCAGUUUUUGUAGUGCUCCAAGCUUGUUUCUGACACAAUGUUACUACCUGUGUAUUUCUUUAAAACCUUUGUAAAUAAUUUUACAACUUCCUCAAUUUGAAGUGUAGUGUUUCUUUAAGGAAAACAAAUUAAUGCAUGAUACACAUCUUUACUACAAAAGGAUACCAAGAAAAGAAUGUUUUUAAAAGAAGUCUUUUCUUUAAAUACUAUGUAGCAAAAAAACACACACAGCUUCUAGAGUUCAUUCAUAUUUAGGUAAAUGUACAUUUUUUUCUAACAAGUAAUUACUGUUACUUUUACCUAAAAAUGUGCAGAUUGAGAAAACUUUGAAGGAUUACUUAAAUCUACAUAGCCUCUAUUUCAAAGAUGUUUUAGAAAGAAAAAAGAAAAGUUUUAUCAGAAUAAAGUAAAAGGUUUUAAAAGCCCAAAACCAUCUCUUCCAUCAUUAUCAAAUUGACUUUAAGUUGAAAUUAAUUUUUUUUUAAAUAAUGAACUAUUUUCAAAAGAUUAGUUUUCAGGUUCAGAUUCUUUUUCUCCCUGAACUCUGUCACUUUCAUUCAAUCUUACUGGUACCAAGAGUUAACUUGAAGGAGCAAGUUCUUUCAAGCUAGUAUAUAAGUAAUAUUUUUCUGCAUUGAAAUAAAUAUUUAAUCUCACUAUGAAAAUAGACUUUUUCCCCCUUUAGCUUUUUUACCUUCUUUCUGGGGCUUUCUUCUUACCAUUACUACCUCCCUAAGAUGUCCAAUACAGUAAAUAAAGAGAGAUUAUAAACUUCUCUCUCUCACUUCAACUGUCUGUUACCCACUCUGAUUUUAAAAGAUUUUUGUGGAGAAUCAUAUAGGCAAAAGUAUUUGCAUUAUCAGUUCCUUUAUCAUUCUUAUCUCCUUUUAGCAUAAACGAAGGUUGGAUUACCUAAAUGAGUGAGUCUCACACACACAAACUAUGGUGAUGUUAAUGAUAAGGUGACCAGCUGUCACUUUCAGCACCGAAAUUCCUGUGUCUUGGGAAACUGGUUAAUUUCGGGCAGACUGAAAAGGUUGGUUAUUUAUUGAUGAGAGCACCAAAAAACAUACAUGGGGAUUCUAAGCAUAUGUUGUACUUGAUUAAGUAAAUUUUUUAAAUUUUCAUAUCUGGCUUUUGCAAGAAAGUUUGGUGCAAAAGAUUGAAUGCCAAAAAUAUAAAGAGUUCAGUUGGGUAACUAAGCUAAGAGUAUCACUAAAUCACCAGUUUUCUUUUUUCCCAGUGUAAUAAUAUGCACUAAGAACUGAAGAAAAUACAACAUGCCAAAUAUUUUGUCUUAAGCGUACAUAUGAAACCAUUUAGCAAAACAAGAAAUGCCAAACCAACAUAAUUUUCUCUGUUUAAUCUAUUUCUCUUUUAAACACACAUUUAACCAAUAAUCUCUUUAUCGGUUAAUAUUUGAACAGCUCAUAGCUGUGAAGUUUUUCAGGAACUACUUUUUUUGAUUUGACACAUAUGCUUCCUAGAAGUAAUGAAAGGGGAAAUGACUAUUAGGACUUACUAUGCAGUUAACCAGAUUCUUUGUUCUCAAGUGUUCAGGCUGCCACAGUCUGUUCAGAAUCCUCUGGAUUCAGUUAGCAUUCCAGACAAAAGUAUAAUUUCGAUUGUUAGUCAAGGAGCAUGAUCAAAAGAUAUUCAUAGGGCCGUUUUUUUCCCUGCUAAUUAUUAGGCCAAAUUGUUGUCUGACCUAUAGGCUAGGAUCAAGUCUCAGGAAAAGUUACUAUGCUUUUUUGGGAUGAUGGGGAAGCUGGGCUUAGGAAUGGACCUCUAGCCAAACUCUCAAAAGGGGAAAUGCUAUGUUCCUUAUUUGAAAGAGAGCAGUAGAUUUGAUUUUGGGAAACCAGAAACCAGUGAGCGGGAUGCAGAAUUUGAUUUUAAAAGAAACUUUUCUUGGCAGCAAAUCAUGACAAAUUGUAACUUUUUUACCUUGUGGGGACUAGACUGGUUAGAAUAGUUAGUUCCCUGUCAACUCAGGUGUUUAUAACCCAGGACGACACCUCCAGUCUGAGCAGCCCAGAGUACCACAGCUGGUCCUCCCAGGUCCCUUGGCCAGCGCCACACAGCCAGACAGUCUGUGUUCACCCACUGUCAGGCUAUAAACCUUCACCUGCCUGUGCUGUCUUUAUUUUUUAUCUGUUGCACCUGAGUCGUCGUCUCCGUUUUCUGUACCUCCAGUGCAGUUUGCCACAGUAGGAACACUUUGACCAGUUAAGACUUCAGAAGCUAAAUAUCACACGAACAAUUACAGAACAAAAAAUUCAUUUGAGGAAACAAGUCACUCUGAACUUGCAGAAAGCAGUAUCACACAGUGAAAGUGAUGGUCAGGUUUAGAAUAUAUGAGAAUGACCCGGGAGCUGGUCACAAUACAGGUUUCCGGUUUGAACACCAAGGUGAUUUUGAGUCUUUGGGUUCGGGCUAGGUCUCAGCUACACACAGCAGGUAAUUCUGGUAUGAGUCAUGCUGCAGGCAGUUAUUUGCAGAAUGUUUCGUGUGAAGAAGAGUGAGUGGAGCCAGGAGACUACAAUUUUAGAAAUGGCUCCAAUGUCCCAGCCUGGGGACCAGGUGCCUUGCCAACCAUUAUUUCAUUUGAUCCUCUAAAUUAGUGGUCCCCAACCUUUUUGGCACCAGGCACUGAUUUCAUGGAGGGCAGUUUUUCCACAGCCUGGAGUCAGUGGAUGGUUUCAGGAGGAUUCAAGCACAUUACAUUUUUUGUCCCCUUUAUUUCUGUUGUUACUACAGCAGCUCCACCUCCAGUUAUCAGACAUCAGAUCCUGGAGGUUGAGGACCCCUUGCUGUAAAUAAUUCUGUGAGUAAGACUUGGUCUCCGUUUUACAGAGAGAGAUGUGGAGCCUUAGGGAGAUUGAAUGACUUGCCUCAGCUCAUACAUCAGAACUCUGGACUUCGGAGUGAAUUCAGUAAUCUUUAUGCCACACAGUAUUGGCCCCUUGAGAGCUAGAACUCUAAGAACAACUAAAGCAAAAAGAUAAUUUUGACAAAUGAUUUCUCCCACCCUUUAUUAAAAACCCAGAAACUACUAACAUGACUGUCACACUUUUGAUGAGUUUUAUAGUCUGUGGACACUGAUUUUGAGAACUGCCCACUUUCCCUGAAACUUACUUCCUAGCUCAUUCCUCCUUCCUUCUGUCCUUUCUCACAAGCUGUGCUGAAGUACUUCGUGGAUCCCUUCAUUCUCCUCACUUUGCUCUGGUUUCUAGAAAAGUUCAUUGUUGUGCAUGGCUUCUGACAUUGUUAGUGAGAUGGUCCACUUUUAUCUUGCAUAGAGAAGAGUAAGAAGCCCUUUUAUCUUAAAGGUUCUAAUCUGCCAUGGCAUAGCCAUAAAAACCACCCCAAUUACCUGCCAAAUAGCAAAGCCAGGAUCUCCUCACUAUUAAGUGUCUACCCCAGGCUUAGCGCCACCAAACCACAGUCCCUUUCUGGCCUCCUAUAGUCACCAUCCUCUCUGAAGGGUCACAGCUUGCCAGGCCUCUGCCACUGACCUGUCAGUUACUCAGACCUUAAUUUUAAACCCCAGAGUGAUCUAUUGACCUGUGUCUUUGACUGUUUUAAUUGGUUAAUUUGUAAGAUUUGACCUCUGAUAUUUGCUAACUUUUUAUAGGGAGUUGUAUUUGUAACGGAA